UUCAGCAAUAAAUUCUAGACAGAAUCUUGUUGCACGCCUAAAUUUGUUGCCAUUGCCAUUGCCAUUGCCAUUGCCAUUGCCACGGAGAUCGAGGUGUUCAAUGGAGGUGGAGGCGAUCGAGCGCCUUCUUGGCGGUUACAAGUUCAAGGACCGCUUGCUUCUGGAGGAGGCCUUCACCCACUCCUCCGUCGAGGGCCAGCCCUCGUACCAGCGUCUCGAGUUCGUCGGCGACGCCGCCCUCGGCCUCGCCGUCACCAAUUUCGUCUUCCUCACCAACCCCACCCUCGGCCCUGGGCACCUAACGCUCCUCCGCUCCGCCAACAUCUCCACCGAGAAGCUCGCCCGCGCCGCCGUCCGCCACGGCCUCUAUAGCUUCCUCCGCCACAACUCCACGACCCUCGACCACGUGGUCCGUGAACGAACCCUCUGUUUCUCGGCUUUCCUUUUGGUGACGGCGCUAACCCUAAUUUACUUCGUCUCCGAUCAGGUGGGGGAGUUCACGGCGAUGGUGAUGAAGGAAGCGCCGGAGGACGCGGGGAGGUUGCAGCACGGAGGCUACAUCAAGGCCCCCAAAGUGCUCGCCGACAUCGUCGAGUCCUUCGCCGCCGCCGUCUACAUCGACUGCCAUUACAACCUCGAGACCUUCUGGAAGAUUUUCCGGGGGUUGCUGGAACCCGUCAUCACCGAGGAGACCGUGGAGGAGCAGCCGGUGGCCGCCCUCUACAUGCUCUGCCAAAAGCACGGCCGAAGGCUCGACCUCAAGAACCAGACAGAGGGCUCUCUGUGCUUUGUCUCUGUUCUCGUGGACGAACAGCUCGUCUGCACGGCGUACUCGCAGAAGAAAGCAACGGCCAGGAUCAACGCUGCGCGGAAGGCGCUGCCACUGUUGCCGGCUGUAGCCACCGGCGAUGAAGCUGCAGGGAAGAAAGACGACAGUAGUUUAUGUGACAAGAAUCAUUGGGCGUACCCUGCAAAUAGGAUCGUGAAGGGGGAGAGCCCUGCACAUAAGAAAGAAUACGUAUGCUGUGUUCAGCUUGAGAUAGACGAUAACGUCCUUGUUAGCCUUGGGGGUCCUAAGCCGGGAGUGAAGGAUUCAGACAAGUCAGCGACAAUGAAGAUGCUAUCUGAUCGGUUAAUCGAGGGAGAAGAAUUAAGAGGAUCAUGAGGGUUCUUCCAGCUGCGACGAACCAUACAUACAUACAUAUAUUCAGGGCUUUUGUAGGGUUUCUUCAGGGUUUUAUAGGUCGACAUGCAGAAUAAGCGAGAUAGGUAUUUCAGUAUAGUAACUUUAGGUGUUGAUAAAUGUAUAAAUUUAUUGAAAAAAAUUAAUGAAUUAGAGAAUUUU